AUGCCCCUUGCUGCUUCGCAAGAUAAACCUGUUAGAAAGCGCAAUGUCGUCUCGCGUGGUCGAACCGGCUGCCUGACUUGCAGACGCAGAAGACUCAAGUGCGAUGAGACGAAACCAGGGUGUAACAAUUGCAGACGUAUCAACCUUCCGUGCGAAGGAUAUGCUCAGAGGAUUACUUUCAAGGACCAGACAAAGCUCGUCGUUGCAAGAGUGACAGGCAGGCCAGUAGGGAAGAAAGGGCGGUCGUCGAGCUCUAAGGAUGAGGAGUAUGACGAGCCAACAGGCACAUUGCCGAAUUCCAGCAGCCGGAAAUCGAUCGGCGUAAGGGGACCACCUUCUCCCCCGUCGUCCGAGAACUCAGAAUCAUGUUCUCCAGUGGAACCCAAGCAGGAAGAUACGAAAGCAACUCCUCGACGAGAUUCAGACACUCCGACCGACUCUGAUCCUGAAAUAUACUCUGAGAUUAAAUCUGACCAAGGGCAUUUAACGCCUGAAUGGCCCGAUGUUCUCCAUACAGCCCCAGAUUCAGUGAUGGUGAUGCACGACGGCUACUUGACGCCAUACUCGCCAAUGUCGGCAAUAAACGCGCUCUCGCCGCGCCGUAUCCUGUUCAAUUCAUCUCUCUCCCUUCUUGGAGCGUUUGAGUUUCCGGAGGAUUACACGUAUUAUGAAUACUCUGCCAACGGUCAUCUAUCGGGACUUUCAAAAGUCUUGCCUAUAUCAGAGAUUCUCAAAUCACAAGCCAUGUCCCACCACGUCUAUAACGCCGCCAUGGCCCUAGCAGCUCUCACAAUGUCGAGUUUCGAGCCAUAUUCGAGAGGCUCGAUCAAUCUACGCCAUCACGCCUUUCAUCAUAGUCUCAGGGCUAUCCAGGGCUUGAAUGCAGAGUUAUCCUCGAGCAGCGCGAGUCGAUCGUGGAAUCACGAUAGAAUUCUUUCAUUGUUCGCCACAACCAUGUUGCUUGCCAAUUUUGAGCUUCAGCGGGGUGCCUUGCUUGCAUGGCGCUCGCACAUGCAGGGUGCCGCAUUAUGCCUUAAUACCGGAUACAAAAAGCUUAUGCAAACUCCGGCAGGAAUGCUGUUGAUCAGGUCUUUUGCGAGAAUGGCACUUUUGUUGCGCUUAUACAACAGAGACUACUCAGUUACCUCGCCGGAAACUAUGCCCACGAAAUUGUCACGAUGGCUAGAUCUGCUUUUGAAGCAAUCGUCGCAACUACGGGACAGGAUGUUGUGGUUGGUAGAAGAGGUAACAGCAUUGGAGAUACAGAAACGUCAGGAGCCCGAAUUGGAUAGUUUCUGGUCUAGCAAGAGUUCGGAGCUCCUUUGCAAGCUGGAUAAAUGGCGGACGGAAGUACCAAUUGACGAAGUUCCCGUGGAUGAUGACAAUAGCGGAGCUUAUCUGACGAUAUCUUCUUCUGAUCACGCAUCUUUACUCCGUGUAUCUGCGCUAGUUUUUCCCAAUGCCAGGGACCCUUGCACUUCAGCCGUCAAUUACGCAGCGUAUCUCUGCACGAGCAUGCGGGCGCGUACGCGUUAUCUUCCAGAUUCAGGACGUAUAGUUCCUCCUGAUGCGGAGCGGACCGCACUCACCAUAUGCCGGAUUGCAGCAGGGAUACCGCCCACGCGGUUCGGCGAGUCUUUCACGCACAGCUAUGGCAUGCUCCCCUCGGUAGUCGGAGCCUACCGGUGGUCGACGAACCCGGGACUGCGCAACUGGGUCAAACAUUGGUUGGCAGGUUAUCGGGGGCCGCGAGAGGGAAUCUGGAACGUUCAACAGACGCUCAAGCUUCUCGCGACGAUGGACAGCCUGCCGAAGCCAGGUUGGCACUUUGUUGCUAUGAAGGUCAUUGACGAGCCGCAAGAACCAUCGUCAGAUCUCGACGAAGCUCAUAGCAAUGAGCCGUUCAAGGUAGUCUUGCAGGCCAGGGUCCAAAAUGGAACUUCCACGAAUGUCUUUGUUGUCAAGUAG